CCACAUGAGCCCGUUUCUGUGCGCGUAUCCGGCUUCAGCCAGAGGCGGAGACCGUCGCGGGGAAGCGGGAAGGGAGGGGAAGCUGCCGCUGCCGCCGCCGCUGUUAUUGCGGUCGCGGCAGAGCUAUCGGAGGAGACCUCUCCCGUCACCUUGCUCCGGGGGUGCUGAAAAGCCGGGGCUGGCGUCGCUGGCCGACCCCGGGACUCGGACACCGCCUGGGCACUUGAGAAGCCUCGCAGCGUGACCGCCGGUCAGAGAGCAGAGAGUUUUGCAACGAGCUUCUCCGGAGCCUUUGUAUAUAUCGGAAAGUGGGGGGAGAAAGCGGAAGAAGAAGCGCAACCAUCAUCACCGAGCAGCGGCAGGCGAGACGGCGAUAUUGCUGCUUCCCUAGAACCACUUCAGCUGAUGGCGGAGUUUGGCAGCAGGGGGGCUGGCGGCGGCGGCGACAGAGGGGGAAUAACCUCCUCUCCAAGUCCUGCCCGUGGGAAGGCGGCGUUCAAAGCAGGGGAUGGGGAAGGAGGAGGCGGAGGGGUGGCAAGGACCCACUCGGACAGUGCUGGCAACGGGGUCUCUAACGGGGACUGUGCUCUGGGCACCAGAGAUGACACGGAGUCAGCCCAGCCUGGCAGUCCUGGCAUCGAGAAAGGAUGUGCUACCCUGCAUCCAGAAGGCAAAUCUGGCAUCCCUAGGAAAACCAGCAUCAUCAAGGAUGGUACAAAGCAAAAAAGAGAACGGAAAAAGACAGUGUCAUUUAGCAGCAUGCCUACUGAGAAGAAGAUCAGUAGUGCAAGUGACUGCAUUAACGCCAUGGUUGAAGGCUCAGAACUGAGAAAGGUUCGAUCCAACUCUAGAGUAUACCAUCGGUACUUCCUUUUAGAUGCAGAUAUGCAAUCUCUACGGUGGGAACCUUCAAAGAAAGAUUCUGAAAAAGCAAAGAUUGAUGUUAAAUCAAUCAAAGAAGUGAGAACGGGGAAAAAUACGGACAUUUUUCGUAGCAAUGGAAUUUCUGACCAGAUUUCAGAAGAUUGUGCAUUUUCUAUUAUUUAUGGAGAUAAUUAUGAGUCUCUAGAUCUUGUUGCAAAUUCUGCAGAUGUUGCAAAUAUUUGGGUUACUGGGCUAAGAUACCUAAUAUCUUAUGGAAAACAUACGCUAGAUAUGCUAGAAAGUAGUCAAGAUAAAAUGCGGACUUCAUGGGUUUCAGAAAUGUUUAGCGAAACUGAUAUAGAUAAUUUGGGGCGCAUAUCCUUGUGCAGAGCUGUGCAGUUUAUUAAAAAAUUAAAUCCUGGUUUAAAAACAAGUAAAAUUGAACUGAAGUUCAAAGAGCUACAUAGAUCAAAAGAAAAACCUGGUACAGAAAUCACGAAGGAAGACUUUAUUGAAGUUUUUCAUGAGCUUUGCACUCGCCCUGAGAUCUAUUUCUUGUUUGUUCAGUUUUCUAGCAAUAAAGAAUUCCUUGACACCAAGGACCUUAUGAUGUUUUUAGAAGCAGAACAGGGUAUGGCACAUGUCACAGAAGAGAUAAGCCUUGAUAUUAUUCACAAAUAUGAGCCAUCUAAAGAGGGUCAGGAAAAGGGCUGGCUUUCCAUAGAUGGUUUUACAAAUUAUCUUACUUCCCCAGAAUGUCAUAUAUUUGACCCAGAGCAUAAAAAAGUCUGCCAGGAUAUGACCCAACCUUUAUCUCAUUAUUUCAUAAACUCAUCACAUAACACCUACUUGAUAGAGGACCAGUUCCGAGGCCCAUCUGAUAUCACAGGAUAUAUUCGUGCCCUGAAAAUGGGGUGUCGAAGUGUUGAGUUGGAUGUGUGGGAUGGACCUGACAAUGAGCCUGUAAUUUACACUGGGCACACAAUGACUUCACAGAUUGUCUUCCGCAGUGUAAUUGACAUUAUUAACAAAUAUGCAUUCUUUGCUUCGGAGUACCCAGUUCUUUUGUGCUUAGAAAAUCAUUGUUCUCUGAAACAACAGAAGGUGAUGGUCCAGCAUAUGAAGAAAAUACUUGGGGACAAGCUGCACACACAGUCUCCAAAUAUAGAGGACUCCUACCUGCCUUCUCCUGAAUCUCUUAAAUCGAAAAUACUAGUUAAAGCCAAGAAACUCUCUUCCAAUUGCUCAGGGCUAGAAGGAGAUGUUACAGAUGAAGAUGAAGGAGCAGAAAUGUCACAGAGAAUGGGAAAGGAGGGGGUAGAGCAACAGAAUGCUGUCAUAGUAAAACGGUUCCAGCUAUGUAAGGAGCUCUCAGAACUUGUAAGCAUAUGUAAGUCCGUUCAGUUCAAAGAUUUCCAGGUGUCAUUUCAGCUUCAGAAAUACUGGGAAGUUUGUUCUUUUAAUGAAGUGCUUGCUACCAAGUAUGCUAAUGAAAACCCUGGAGACUUUGUGAAUUACAACAAACGUUUUCUUGCUAGGGUUUUCCCUAGCCCUAUGAGGAUUGAUUCUAGUAAUAUGAACCCACAGGAUUUUUGGAAGUGUGGCUGUCAGAUAGUGGCAAUGAACUUUCAGACACCUGGAUUGAUGAUGGACCUCAAUAUUGGAUGGUUUCGACAAAAUGGCAACUGUGGCUAUGUACUGCGGCCUGCCAUCAUGCGGGAGGAAGUAUCUUUCUUUAGUGCAAAUACGAAGGACUCUGUGCCUGGAGUUUCACCUCAGCUUCUCCAUGUAAAGAUUAUUAGCGGGCAGAAUUUUCCAAAACCAAAAGGGUCAGGUGCCAAAGGUGAUGUUGUAGAUCCUUAUGUUUAUGUAGAAAUCCAUGGGAUUCCAGCGGACUGUGCAGAGCAAAGGACAAAAACUGUGCAUCAAAAUGGGGACAAUCCAAUUUUUGAUGAGAGUUUUGAAUUCCAGAUUAAUCUACCUGAACUUGCCAUGGUGCGCUUUGUAGUGCUAGAUGAUGAUUAUAUCGGGGAUGAAUUUAUUGGUCAGUACACAAUUCCAUUUGAGUGUUUACAGACAGGCUAUCGGCAUGUUCCUCUUCAGUCUUUAACAGGGGAGGCUCUAGCACAUGCCUUCUUGUUCAUCCAUGUUGCUAUUACAAAUCGAAGGGGUGGUGGAAAGCCUCAUAAACGGGGUCUCUCUGUCAGGAAAAGCAAGAAAUCCAGAGAAUAUGCAUGUAUGAGGACUUUGUGGAUUAAAACCAUUGACGAAGUAUUCAAGAAUGCUCUUCAGCCCAUACGGGAUGCAACGGAUUUGAGGGAAAACAUGCAGAAUGCAGUAGUUUUAUUCAAAGAGCUGUGUGGCCUCUCUCCUGUAGCAAACCUCAUGCAGUGCAUUCUGGCAGUAUCUGCACGCUUGGUGAGAUCUGAUAAUACACCCUUGGUAGUAGUGAAUCUCAGUGAUCAAUAUCCCUCGAUGGAAUUACAAGGGAUUGUUCCAGAAGUCUUGAAAAAAAUUGUAACAGCAUAUGAAACGAUGAUACAUGCUAUCAAGACUGUGAUAGAAAAUGCAGAUAAUGUAUAUGAAAAAAUAGUUCAGUGCCAAAAAUCAGCAAUGGAGUUCCAUGAAAAUUUACAAAGUAUAGGAGCAAAGGAAGGUUUAAAAGAGAGAAAACUACAAAAAUCAGUGGAGAGUUUCACCUGGAAUAUUACAAUUUUAAAGGGCCAGGCUGAUCUUCUCAAAUAUGCAAGAAAUGAGGCACUGGACAACCUGAAACAAAUCCACUAUGCCACUGUUUCAUGUGGGCUGAAUAAACCAGGAUCUGAAAAUGCUGAGUCCUCUAAGCCCCGUCAAAGUCUGGAGGCCAUACCUGAAAAGACAAGUGAAGAAAAUGGAGAAUGAAAGAGAAUUCUCAUUAAUUUGGAGUUCAUAACUCUACAACCAUUGUAGCUGCACAGGACAUUUUGCUUUGCACUUACUAGUGGGGUGGGGGUGGGGAUCCUGGAAUUUUAAAAGCACAACUGGAGAAGCUAAUUACAGUCCAUGAAAACUGUGAAUGUACGUAGCAAUUCUGUGUGCGAAGGCCAUUGAAUUGUCCUAACAUGGAAAUAAUUUUGCUGGCUAAAAUACUCUGUAUAUGUAGAAGAUGUCAUGAUUCAAUAACUGUGUGCAGAAAUUUUCAUUAUCAUUCAACAGAGAAACAGAUGGGUUUUCCUGGCUAGAAAUAUUCUGUAAUCACAAGAAGAGAUGUUGUCAUUGCUCAGAAAAGUGCCUUGAUUUGAGGGAAAAUUCUAGGAGUGCAGUGCAAUUUCCCUGAUUUAGGAGCAGUUCUAGAAUAGUUUAGAGUAAUUAGGCUUGCUGUUGCACAUUUGACAUCUAAGAAAAAAAAAGAAUCAGGGCUGAAAAUAGAAGUGAAUGCACACAUUUUACAAAAUUCUGUACUAGGCAGUGUUCAGGUUUGAAAGUGCUACUGUUGUUUUGGGUUUCUUUUUUGUUGUUGUUGAGCCAUAAAUAAACAGGGGAAUGUAAAUAUGAAGUGCUUACUCAUGGCACAUUGCACUAUGGGAGAGCAUUGCAUAGAAGGAACAUGUGCAAUCAGUCUGCCAUUAAAUGCCUGAGUAAGGUGGAUACCUGUUUCCACUGAAGAGCAUCUGCAGAUGUCUACAGCUAAUGUAAAAGUGACCAAACUGCAAAUAAAAUGUUGUACAUAGUUUUAUCAUUUCAUGGAUGUGAAGAAGUAUUUACAUUAAAAUGUUUUAUGAUAUGA